AAUGGCGGCGGGAAAAGCGGCCGGCCUUCUUAUUGGCUUGCUUGUACUCGUGCGGGCAACUCAAUCCGCUGAAAAUACGGAUGGAACCAUUUCUUCUCGCGAGGAGAGCCAUCCACCCUGGAAUGUGGGGUCUCCCCGAGAAACUAUGGCAUGCGUUGCUGAAAAGGCAAACUGGUGCAGGGGGUCUCACGAUGAGGCGGAGUGCAAACAACGUUGGUUCAGAUUUUGUCACGAGAGACCAUUCACAUACCUCACCUACAAUAACACUAGUUACGAACAAAGAUGCCACAUGUGUGAGAGGGAAAUAAAAAAAAAAGCCGAAGCAACUCCCAAUGGAAAAAUGUUCAGGUUACUGGGCACAGCGAUGUUGCCAAACUACCCAAACUUUUUCUCGGUGGCAUCAACUGAUCCAUUGGACAAGGGAAUAUGCGAAAGUUAUUUCUGGAUGGGCUGCCUGCAGUGUGACCUGGAUAAUGGAUAUUUCUGGCAUUUUUACCGUCAGGACAUUUACGUCCGAAAUGUGAAGAGAAAUUCAGAUUUGAUCAUUUUCGGAUUAUAUCCCAAUGGAACCUUUGAUUUCAUCAAGAGGGGAGUGGAGCCAAAAGACUGGCCGCAGUGGAAUGGGCACUACCAAUUAAUUCAGGAAAGAGCGAAUUGCUUCACCGCUCAACGCAUAUUGAACGGUGAACCAACAUUCAGGCGGGCCUUCGUAAGUGAUUAUUUGGACCCGGGCAGCAAGAUAGUGUGUGCAAAACGGAUCCAGCAGAAUGACAAGCUUUACUAUAUGUGCGAGCCGUGA